AUGAUGUUGAACACUACAAUACUUCAGUCAUAUAUACAUAAAAGCUACGACAAAGUAUCGAAUGCUUUUAUAAAAACUUCCAAAUCUUUACUAAGAACAACAAAUAAUAAUAUUGGUUACCCAGAUUGGGCAAACGGUGCAGGUAAGAUGCACGAAAAAAACACAAAAAAUCGUGAAGUCAGUGGUGGAAAUUCUGAUGAAGAAAAUAAAAUUAAAAGCACCCGGGCGCUACUAAGAAAUUACAUGGAUGAGCUUGCUAGCAGGGAUGAGAUGAAAAAAAAAAAUCUUCCGACGGUUGGCAAAGCUCCCAGUCCAGCUAGCGAAACGGUUGAUCAACCGACUCACCAAUCAGAGGAUUAUCCGUCUCGCCAAAAUGCCAAAAAAAAAUUUGACGAAAAAAAAAUUGAUGAAAAAAAAAUUGACGAAAAACAAUUUGACGAAAACACGUUUUUUGCGAACAAUUUUGAUGUGCUGAAUAAAAUAUUAAGAGAAGAUAACAAACGCGUGGAGGAAAAUAAAGAGCGAACGUUGAAGAGGUAUAAAAAACUAUUAGAUAAUAACGACACACUAAAAAUGUAUAAAGAAAUAAAUGAACUACACGAUGAAAGAAUUUUGUUGAUUAAAUUUAUUAACUAUCAUAUGAACAUGAAUUCAAAAUAUGAAACAGAACUGCAAAAAAUACAAACAUCUUAUGAAAUAUUACUUACAGAAAAUGAACAACUAAUCCAAAACAAUAUAAUCCUAAAAAAACAUAUAGAUUUGUUACAAGUUAAUGGCACGAGUUCGCAGGGAUGA